AAUCGAUUAGAAAUGGCGUCCUCACUGUCUUUCUUUUAAGAAAAUUUCGUGUAGUCUAUUUACCAUUUAGCAGCGUUCUGUGUGUUUGUCAAUUGUAAGGACACACUAUUUUUUAAAGAGAACCGCCUGGCGAAAGUCCAGGAAGCGGAAUUACGGUGGAUCGAAGGACGAGGGCGCGGAGUUGAGUGCAAAAACAACGGCCAGCAGGCAGCGACAUGAAAAUGCAUUUGUAGCCCUAACCCACAACUCGCACACACACACACUCUCUCGGAAAUACAGCCAAAAGCAGGAAAGGAUUGCAAAGGACACCGCUGCAGCAUCAUCAUCUUUUCCAGGUGGAGCACGAGGGGGAGGAGCAGGCGGAGGAGGAGCGGCGACGGCGACGGCAACAACAAAUGGCGCUGGUGACGGUGCAGCGCUCUCCCAGUGUAACUGGCUCCUGCUCGAAUUCGGAUGGCGAAGCCGAGGACGACGAGGGCAAUAGCAAGACAAAUCGCAGCGAGUGCUUCCUCGCCUGCAAGGGCACCGCCCUGGUCUUGGACCUCAAGGACAUCCCGCCCCAAACGCAGAGCGAACGCCGACUGAGCACCGACUCCACUCGCUCCAGCAACAGCACGCAGAGUAACAACUCGGACAUCCAGCUUCAUUUACAGUCCAUGUUCUUCCUCCUGCAGCGCGAGGACACGCUCAAGAUGGCUGUCAAGCUGGAGUCGCAGCGGUCUAACCGCACACGCUACCUGGUGAUUGCCUCGCGCAGCUGCUGUCGGAGCGCCACCAGCGAACGUCGGCGACACCGUAUCAUGCGUCACAAUUCGGCCAAAGUGGGCGGCUCAGCGGGCACCACGUCGUCCUCCUCCGCGGCGGUCACCACGCAACGCCAGCUAUCCGUCGAGCAGACCGCCGUGGAAACCAGCAGCAAAUGUGAUAAAUCCGCGGACAAGGAGAAUACGACGGCGGCCGGCGACAACAAGAAUACCUCGGGUAUGGAGGAAUCCUGCCUGCUGGGCAUCGACUGCAAUGAGCGGACCACCAUUGGCCUAGUUGUGCCCAUCCUGGCGGACACCACAAUUCACCUGGAUGGCGAUGGUGGCUUUAGCGUCAAAGUUUACGAGAAGACGCACAUCUUCAAGCCGGUCUCAGUACAGGCCAUGUGGUCCGCGCUGCAGACGUUGCACAAAGUGUCGAAGAAGGCUCGUGAGAAUAAUUUCUAUGCCAGCGGUCCCUCCCACGACUGGCUAACCAGCUAUGAGAGGCGCAUUGAGUCGGACCAAUCCUGCCUAAACGAGUGGAAUGCCAUGGACGCGCUCGAGAGUCGCCGACCCCCUUCGCCUGAUGCCAUACGAAACAAACCCCCCGAAAAGGAGGAAACCGAGAGUGUCAUUAAGAUGAAGCUGAAGGCCAUCAUGAUGUCGGUGGAUCUCGACGAGGUAACAUCCAAGUAUAUACGCGGCCGUCUCGAGGAGAUUCUGGACAUGGAUUUAGGCGAGUACAAGUCGUUCAUCGACGCCGAAAUGCUUGUCAUUCUGGGCCAAAUGGAUGCACCCACCAAGAUAUUUGAACAUGUCUACCUAGGUUCCGAGUGGAACGCCAGUAACCUGGAGGAGCUGCAGAAAAACGGCGUUCGCCACAUCCUGAACGUGACGCGGGAGAUCGACAACUUUUUUCCGGGCACCUUCGAGUAUUUUAACGUGCGCGUGUACGACGACGAAAAGACGAACCUGCUCAAGUAUUGGGACGACACGUUCCGCUACAUCUCGCGGGCGAAGGCCGAAGGGUCCAAGGUUCUGGUGCACUGCAAGAUGGGCGUCAGUCGAUCCGCCUCAGUGGUUAUCGCGUAUGCCAUGAAGGCUUACCAGUGGGAGUUCCAGCAGGCGCUGGAGCACGUGAAAAAGCGGCGCAGCUGCAUCAAGCCGAACAAGAACUUUCUUAAUCAGCUGGAGACAUACAGCGGCAUGCUGGACGCCAUGAAAAACAAGGAGAAGCUGCAGCGCAGCAAGAGCGAGACGAACUUGAAGAGCACAAAGGACGCGCGUCUUCUGCCCGGCAGCGAGCCCACUCCCCUUAUCCAAGCGCUCAACCAGGCCAAGUCCAAGUCCACCGGUGAAGCGGGCGUAACGCCCGACGGCGAGGAGGAGGAUGGCUCGCGCCUGCAUCGCCGCUCCAUUGCCCAGAAGUCGCAGCGCCGCUUGGUCCGGCGCUCCAGCAGCACGUCUCCCAAAACUCAGACGGCGGUGGUCACCAAGCAGCAGAGCCAGUCGAUGGAAAACCUGACGCCGGAGCGUAGCGUGGCCGAGGAACCCAAGAACAUGCGCUUUCCGGGGAGCAACGGGGAAAACUACAGCGUCACUCAGAACCAGGUGCUGCACAUCCAGAAGCACACGCCUCUGUCUGUGCGUACGCGGAUUCACGAUCUCGAGGCGCACCGGGCGGACCAGGUGCCCCAACAGCCAGUUUGGACCUCGCUGACCAAGCUAAUUACGCAGACCUCUCACCUGGGAGGCAGUGGAAGUAGCAGCGGCAGUGGGAACAUCCAGCCGCGGCGGGAUUCCAGCUCUUCGGAUGUGUUCUCUUCGCAGGUUGACAGUGUAUUUGCCAAGGAGGAAGGAGAGAAGCGUCAGCGCCGCAAGACGCACUCUUGGACGGAGUCGUUCGGUCCUAGUGGCGGCAUUGUCCUGGACCCCACGCCCCAGCAACAGAAGCAGCAACCAAGCGCCAUCCUGUUGCGGCCUCGAGGCACUCGGCCACGAGAGCUCCCAUCGCGCCACGCCAGCUGGGGAUCGGGUGACAACCGGAGCAGUCUGCCGCAGAGGACCAGCUCGAGCUCAUACUACGACAGCAACCGCAACACCACGGCCAUUUUCGAAGGCGUUAUUCAAGACCUUAAGCGCAGCGGCAAUUGCAACGUGAUUGAAGGAGUGCCCGUUUCAGCGGAACCAUCAGCUGGAGUUGGCGAGGGCACCGUCAAGCGCACCAAGCAGAAGCUGGAGGAGAGCACAGCUCUGAAGAAGCGCUGCCAGGAGGACAGCCAGGAGCUACUACUCGAGGCGGUGGAUGCUGGUCAGAAGCGGUGUCCGAGUCUGUACCGGAGCGCUUCCUCGGCACACAGUCCGCGACAGCGCCAACCUCUGCGAUGCAAUAGCGAGGAGCUGAUGCACACCAGCGACAUCGAGAACAAGAACACCACGCCCGGCGACCAAGAGGCGGCGGUAGUGCUGCGCGUCCAGGGUCAAGCCCUGGCCGACGAUCAGCGCAUCUCGGGCAAUGUGCAAAUACUCAAGCAAAAUUUUGAAGCCAAAGCGGGGGUGGUGGGCGUGGGAGGAGGCGGUGGAGCGUCGGCGGGAUCCGGCAGCAGCUCAGCAAUCGUGGCAACUGGGAAUGCGGGAGUGGCCAGCUCAACAAACCCCGGCAAGAAGUCGACCAGCCACCAAUCACUGCCAUCGUCGCCGGUGGCGCAGCAUGCCAACCACGUGUCCCCCGCCUCAAACUCCAACUCCUCCGCCUCCAACUCGUCCGAUUCCAGCGUAAGCGAAAAUUGUGAUCGUAAUGUAAAAGGUCUAGUGCAUAAAUAUCAAACCACUACUUCCUGCAGUAGCCAGGCGGCCGCCCCGCCCACAGUCGCCUGCGCCCCACUGCCGCCCGCCGGAACCGCCAGCAACAUCAGCCACGCAUGCAGCACCACCAUCACCACUAGCUUCAAGCAACGCCCGCGCUCUUACUAUGAUAGAUCGUUGUCGAACCGAUCUACGCAUGACUACAGCGACAGUCGUCCGCCGCCUGCUCCCGCCCGCCACAGUCACAGCAGCAACAUGCAACACCACCACCAUCAGCAGCAGCAACAACAACCGGAGCAGCAGCAGGUGCAAAUCCGGCGGCUGGCGCAGCAUGGAAAGACGCAUCCGCUGAGCAGGCUAAGUGCACCCAAAACGGGCUUCAACACCGCCGCCUACAACACCAUGUAAAGGCCACGCUCUGCUUAUCCUGCAACGUUCACAUGCCACUUGCAACUUGCAAUCCAUACCCCCGUAGCCACUAAGGAUCAUCCUCAUCCUCUCGCCCGCUUUACGUAUUUAUAUAUUCGACCGCUUCGCCCAUUUUGUGUUUUUUGUCCAACAAUCGAACACCUUCAUCGCCACCCACCAUCUCCCUCAUGCCUUGUUUUUGUUGUCUUGUUUUGUGAGGCGUCCAUAAAAGCUUCUAAAGAUCUUGUGUCUGCAACGUGUGAAUGGAACUAUUAUAAUGACAUGAGAGGGCAAACAAAACAACCUAUGGAAAUGAAACUGUAUUUGUACUUUUAAAUUACUUGUAACUGUAUACAUAUUUAUUUUAUAUUAUGCAAGAACUGCCUACGAAUAAACGAUUUAUUGUAUAUA